ACCUAGGCUGCUAGAUACCAUCAUAAACUGCCACCUCAGCAAGGACUGAACCUGGCCAGAGGAACUUGUGAUCAAGAUUUUUUAGAGUCUGGAAACGUCAGUAUGUUGGAUCAGAUUCAUUGGCUGGCAGCUGUGACAGUCCUGGGAGUCCUGGAGCAAGCCUACUUCUUCCUCCAGGUGAUCUAUGCUAGGAGGCUGUUUGGCAUUUCACCUCCAAAGAUCUCAGGCCCUCCUGAAUUUGAAAGGAUCUUUCGAGCACAGGUGAACUCCUCUGAGUAUUUUCCCAUCUUCCUGGCUCUUCUGUGGCAGGCUGGACUCUUCUUCCAUCAAGGUCUGGCUGCAGCCUUGGGCCUGCUCUAUCUCUACGCCCGCUACUGCUACUUUAUGGGAUACAAGGCAUCAUCCUCAGAAAGACUCGCCCCCAUAUACUUCAGCGCUGGAGUUCUCUGGAUUCUCAUUGCAGUGUCAGCCCUGGGCAUCCUGCAUUUCUUCCUCUCUCACCAUGUGGGGCUGAAUGUCCUCCAGCUUCUCACAGCAUGACCCACUCUGUGCUUCAUCAGUCCUCAUCUUCGAGUCCUGCUCCUUUCUGCCUGCCUUAAUAGACUGUCUGCAACUCAACAGCCCUCAAUAAGAAAUCCACCCAAGCCCAAGUUUUUAACACCUCCUUCCUCACCGUCCAGCACUGGCAGGAACUGCUGAGCUGUUUAGGAGGUAUUUUUCCCCCAUGGCACUUUGUGUGCCAAGUGCUUCACAUCUGGCAGCUCCAUCAUGUCUGGUGCGGAAACAAUCCCAAACAAGGACACAUAAAAGCAAACUCUUCUCUCAGUCUGAGCUUUCCAGUGGGUUGACAAAAGGAAGUGCCAUGUGUUCCCCAUGCUCCAGUGGCUCUGCCCUCCACCCGGGCACAGAACACAGAUUCAUGCCAGUUUUCCAAGGCACACACCUAAGAAAGGCAUUUGUUUGGAACCAGAUGUGGGCUGAGACAUAACAAAAGAGAUGAGGGAUAAACUGGAGCAGCCACCAACCGUGCUGGUUACCAGCCACUGCUGUAAAUUGGACAGUGCAAACUCAUCACCACUGCUGCACGUGCCACUCCAAACUUGGCCCAGUGACAACAGGCACAAAUAAAAGGUCACUGAACUUGC